UCGGUUCCUGGCUUCCAAGAUGACCAAGAAGAGGAGGAACAACGGGCGCGCCAAGAAGGGCCGCGGCCACGUGCAGCCCAUCCGUUGCACUAACUGCGCCCGCCGCGUGCCGAAGGACAAGGCCAUCAAGAAAUUUGUAAUCCGCAACAUCGUGGAAGCUGCGGCCGUCAGGGACAUCUCCGAGGCCAGCGUCUUCGACUCCUACGUGCUGCCCAAACUGUAUGUGAAACUACAUUACUGUGUGAGCUGCGCGAUCCACAGCAAGGUAGUGAGGAAUCGCUCCCGUGAGGCUCGGAAGGAUCGGACGCCCCCGCCCCGAUUCAGACCUGCAGGUGCUGCCCCCAGACCCCCUCCAAAGCCCAUGUAAAAGAGCUGUCCAUCAACAUUCCUGAACCGAUCAGAGGAAAAUAAAAUGGUUGGUCUA